AUGCUGAGCAGGAGGGAGAAGCGUCAGAGUCUGAGAGUGAAAGAGCCAGAGUGGGACGUCCGUGCGUUUGCCAGGCCAACGCUGCCAGUCACAUCAGACCCAAAGCCAGGACCAGUGCAGGCCACGCCUCUAGAGAGAACAAGGAGAACGAGUGGAGAGUUCAGGCCCUGUGAAGAAGAAGGAGCUUCACUAACAGAGAAGGGUAUUCAGUUGUUUAAGCAGGGCCAGUACUCUCAGGCUGUGGAAAUGUUCUCUGAGGCUAUCCACUAUGACCCCAAAGACCACAGGUUCUUUGGGAAUCGUUCAUACUGCUACUGGUGUCUGGAGCUCUGCCCCUCUGCCCUAUCAGACGCUCAGAGGUCCAUCCAGCUUGCCCCUGAUUGGCCAAAGGGAUACUUUCGCAAGGGGAGUGCACUGAUGGGGUUGAAGCGGUAUGGUGAGGCAGAGGGGGCCAUGCAGCAGGUGUUGAAGCUGGAUCAGGACUGUGAGGAGGCCUCCAUUGAGCUCUUCAACUGCAAGGUCCUGCAGCUCAUGGAUCUGGGUUUUGAAGAGGGGCAGAGUGUGUUGCUGUUGGAGAAGUUUACCACGGUGCAGGCUGCUCUCGGCUCCCCUGAGGCUGACAGAGACUGUCUUCUCCUCCGCAGGUCCCCCUGUCCCUCUCUCUGGGUGGGGAACGUCACCGUGGACCUCACUGAGAAGCACAUAUGGGACCUUUUCAAAACGUGUGGUGAGAUAGAGAGUAUCAGAGUUCUACAUGAGAGAUUCUGUGCCUUUGUCAACUUCAAGAAUGCCAACAUGGCCGCUGUCGCCUUGGAGAGGCUCCAGGGUGUGGAGCUGGAGAGCACCAGGCUGGUAAUCAGGUACCCAGACCGCUGGGUCCAGAGAACCCCUCCCUCUCCUCAGAGGACCAACUCUAUAGGCCUCAACACCUCCUCAGCCUCCCAGUAUGCCUCCACAGGGACCAGGAGGAUGUCUCCCAUCAAUGGUGACGAGUGUUUCUUCUGGAGGACCACCGGCUGUUUCUAUGGUGACAGGUGUCGCUUCAAACACAAGCCUGACCAGAGAGGAAGAGACAGGAAACCAUGGCAACCCUGACCACCACGCAGCGACUGGAUAUGAGAG